UACAAGCUACUAAAGGAGACUCAUCAUCUGGAAUUCCAAAAGUCAUUGGUGAUACUGCGGUCGCAAGUAGCAGCCUUAACGUCUGAUGAAACGAGCAGUCAAGCACGAUCCAGUCACACGGAUCUUCGAAUUCCUUCAAUGUUGCAACAACGAAAUCACGCUUCUGCUUCACAGAAUGGUGCAAUAAUUUAUGGUGUUAGACCGACUGUUAAUGUUCCUUCUGCUGCACGAUUUGCUCGCUCUCGUCAUCACCAAAACCUUGCUCACCUCGCUUCCGUGCCACUGAUCAAAAAGCCGAAAUUAGUUGAAAAUAAUCCUCCAAUCAAGAUGUCGCAACUAGCAAGUGGGAGUCAGGGAUCAUCACUAUUUAUGGAUGGUUCCGUGAAUGGAUCAUUGUCUCGACCAUCUCUAAAAGAAACUGUAGCGUAUCAAACGCCACUCGUGCAGCUGUUUGGACGCGACAUUGCUAAUAAUGUUCGCAUCAACGUUGAUCUCGGACACAUUGCUCCAAGGGAUAUCCCACUACCGAUGGAAACUAUGGUCUUACCUAAAUCGAUUGACGGACAUCGUCUACCAAGUGUUUCAAGAAAAUCGGAUUACUCACCAGAAAUUUUGGUGACAAUGCCAAUUGAAAAUCUGUUGGUCGCCAAAAAGCUACACGCCUCAAUCCGUUACCGAUUACCGAGUACAGUUUCCGCUGCUGAUUGUGCGAUGGGAGUAUUUUAUUAUAUUCGAAGUGAAUUGUUUCCGGAUCGCCCACCAAAUUGGAAGAUUGGACCAUUGGUAUAUGCCUCCGAUCAAGGGAAACCGGCUAAAUUAUGUUUUGAUUUUUCGCAUCAUAUGGCUUUGAAGAUGGAGGGUGUUGUAGCUAUUGCGGUUUUAUUCACGCCAACAGGCAAUCAUGCAAGUGAUGCGCUAAGAUACGAUAUCCCCGACAAGCGUAUGCAAACGGCAGGCCGGCAAAACACAGAUUUCUUU